AUACUUGGGUUAACUAAAGGUAAACAACAGUUAAAAUGACAUUGAAGUAUUUAACUACAAUUUCAUAUAAUUCACAUCGCUUUAUGUACAGCACGAGUUAGAUUUCAAACCUUUAAAACACAUUAUUAAACCCGGAAUAGGAAGGGAAGGAUGGCUCUUCCUUGUGUGCGUCACUGCUCUCCACACCUGAGCAGAGGUCUGCAGGUGUGUGGUUAUGCGACCCUUAGUAAAUCCUCCAUCCCACGAGAGAGAGCCGCCACUGGUCCGGUGUUUCAGUAUGUCGGCCAGCACAAGAAGCCCAGCCACAAAGUGUUUGUCUGGGGCUUCUCCUUCACCGGCGCCCUGGGGAUCCCCAGCCUGGUGGUGCCAGACAGCGGAAGGAAGAAACCGCGCAAAUACCAGCUGACUCCGUACCGCCUGGACACUGCAGAGCAGAUUUCGUCGGCUGCUUGUGGUUACGGCUUCACUCUCAUCGCCUCACAGACCAAAGAUGUGAACAAGCUGUGGGGCAUGGGCCUGAAUAAGGACUCUCAGCUCGGCUUCCAGCGCACACAGGGCAGCCGCCAUAAGAGUUAUGACUACGUGUUGGAGCCGUCCCCGGUGGCUCUUCCUCUCCAUAAGCCUCUGCAAACCCAGGUGCUUCAGGUCUCCUGCGGCCGAGCUCACUCUCUGAUCCUCACCGACCAGGAGGGAGUUUUCAGUAUGGGCAACAACGCGUACGGCCAGUGUGGGAGGCGGAUCAUUGAAGAUGAAGUUUACAGCGGGAGUCACACCAUCCACAGAAUGACCGGCUUCAGCAGCAGAGUCACACAGGUGGCGUGUGGACAGGACCACAGUCUGUUCCUCACUGAGACAGGGAAAGUGUUUGCAUGUGGAUGGGGAGCAGAUGGACAGACUGGUCUGGGUCACCACAAAGUGAGCUGCAGUCCGGUGGAGGUGGGCGGGGAUCUGUCGGGGGUGGAGGUGCAGCAGAUCAACACAUAUGGAGACUGCAGCCUGGCCGUGUCUAAAGACGGAGAUCUGUACGGCUGGGGGAACUCUGAGUACCUGCAGCUGGCCUCCGUCACCGAGGCCACACAGCUUAACUCUCCUCGACGUCUUCCUCUGACCAGCUGUGGGAAGCUGGUGCAGGCAGCAUGUGGAGGAACACAGGUAGCUGUUCUUAACGAUAAAGGAGAGGUGUUUGUUUGGGGCUUUGGCAUUCUUGGAAAAGGUCCCAAACUUUCUGAAUCCUCGACCCCGGAGAUGAUUCCCUCCAUUCUGUUCGGACGCUCCGAGUUUAACCCCUCAGUCGCCGUCACCAAGAUCCGCUGUGGACUCAACCAUUUCGCUGCAGUGACGGAUCGAGGCGAGCUCUUCGUCUGGGGGAAGAAUGUGAGAGGUUGUUUGGGAAUCGGGAAGAAAGACGACCAGUUCUUCCCGUGGAGAGUGACCGUACCUGGUCAGGUGGUGGACGUAGUGUGUGGUGUGGACCACAUGGUGGCACUGGUGAAGUCCCUCCUGUGAGCUCCUGCAGCAGUGGAUGAAAGGUUUGGAUGUUUGACCCCCCCCUCGGGGCCCCUCAGGGAUCCGAUCGGGGGCCACGCUGGAGUCUUGAAGCCAGCUGCUCUCCACAGGCGACGAACCCUCGUGUCCCUCGGCCCAGCUGUGACGUCAAGCCGAGUGCACGGCGGUCGACUCUGCAGCAAACUGUCCCUGACACGACUCACUUUACCCUGCAUGAAGGUCAUCUGAGAAACGCUUCAAAGGACAGUUUUGUUUUAUUCCAACUGGAGCUGAAGACGAGGAAUCGAUUCAGCCAAGCAAAACAGAGAAAGAAUGUGAAAAAUCCUACCAUCACAGCAUCUCCCAAAGUGAAGAUUCACUUGCUUGCUUUCUCUGUUUUGUGUAAUUGUAAACUGGAAAACUUAACGUUUCUCAAAACAAGUCCUUCGACGGAGACUGAGAUGGGGAUUUUUCUGUAUUUCUGACAUUUUAUUGACUUAACAACACAUUUAAAAGAUUAAUUACCGCUUAAAGUUUUAUUUGCAGCUCUGAUUACAAUUUGAAAACCACAGGAGAACUCUACAAGACACUAUUUGUUUUGGUUAAUGCUGUAAAAUGUCAUGAUUUGAUUAGCCACUAAAUGAGAAAAUAACAUUGUUAAAAUGAACCAAUUCACAUCGGAACAACAUAGCUCUUACGCUUUUUAAUAUGAGCUCAAAUGAUGUGUUGUGGCACUCUGCAGACAAGUGAAAUAUAUGUUGAACAUUGUUCCAUUUGUAAAAGCCAGCUUCAGCAAACAAUGCACCAAAAAUGUAUUACCUUGCUGCCAGCUGAAAUAGAGGUGAAGGCCCUCCGCCGUGGAGAAACUCGACUUGAAAAUCAAUUCUGCAACAGGAAUCUGUGUCAUCAAUAGUGCGUGCAUAAAGUGUUUAAUGUUGUACCGUCUGGAUGUUUCAGAAAAUGAACCCACUAUUCCCACAGUGAUAGUGUGUCAUUCAAUAUGCUAUGUAAAAAUAAAUGUUUUUUUUU